UACAAGAUUGGCUGUGUUCUAAAUAUUACCUUAUUAUAAUUCACAUAGAGAGAGAGAGUUGUUAAUCAUGGCUGCUUAUGGAGUUCUGGUUUCUCUUAUGCAUAUCAUCGAAACCCUCGAGAAACAUCCUUCUCCUCCCAUUUCUAUCAACGAAAAACAUAUUCAAUCCCUCACUCAAAACAUUACCUUCUUGCAGGAGUUUCUUGAUUGCUAUAUUUCCCCUUUUGCUGAUAGCCACGAAGCGGAUCCAUUGGAGCGUCGCAUUGCUGAUGCAGUAUACGCGGCUGAGGAUGUUAUCGAAUCCCAUAUUGCUGAUCAAAUUCACAGUGGAUCCACAAUCGUUGCAGAUCAUGACUUCUAUCACAAUCUACAGAAAGUGAUAGAAGAAAUGGAUCUGAUCAACAAAGAGGUGAAGAGCAUUGCUUUUGAAGCUCAGACCAAGCAGAAGCCCGUUGCUGCCUUGUCGGCGUCUUCUUCCAAUGUGAAAGAGAACGUGAUCGUGGGCUCAAACGAAGUGUUUCUUGACGUUUUGGAUAAGCUCACCGGAGAUCGACUCAACCGCCAGAUCAUCCCCAUCACGGGGAUGGGUGGCAUUGGUAAGACCACUCUUGCCAUGAAUCUAUUUGAGAAUGCACUUGUUAAGGAUCGUUUUGAUAUUCGUGCUUGGACUACAAUUUCUCAAACUUAUAAUGUUAGAGAAACACUUAAAGAAGUUCUUUUUCGAGCUAGUGGAGAUUCAAGUACUGAUCUGAGUGAGGAUGAACUGGGACAAAAAUUAUACCAGUUUUUGUUCGGUAGGAGAUAUCUCGUAAUAAUGGAUGAUAUGUGGAGCAUAGAGGCGUGGGAGAAGUUAAAAUUUUUCUUUCCUAAUAACCAAAAUGGGAGUCGAAUAAUCGUAACAACUAGGCUGUCUGACUUGAGUUCUCAGUUGAACGAGUCUUGUAUAGUUGGCAUGAAAUUUCUAGAUGAGGCUAGUAGUUGGGAUUUAUUUCGUAUGACCGUGUUUGGGAAAGAAAGUUGUCCAAUUGAGUUGGAGAAGAUUGGAAAGAAUAUUGUAGCAAAUUGUAAAGGACUUCCUUUAUCAAUUGCUACAAUAGGAGGUCUUUUGGCAAAAUCUGAGCGCACAAAAGAAUGUUGGGAGCGUAUAGAGCAAAAUUUAAAUUCAAUUGUUAUUAACAGUAACGAUGGAUUUUGCUUGAAAAUAGUGAGGAUGAGCUAUAUCUAUCUGCCGAACUAUUUAAAGCCAUGCUUUUUGUAUAUGGGUGUUUUUAAGGAAGAUUACCGUAUCAGUGUGUCAAUGCUUGAGAAGUUAUGGGUUUCUGAAGGAUUUUUAAAACCAAGGAGUGGAAAAUGUUUGGAAACACUUGCGCAAGAGUAUUUUAAGGAAUUGGUUGAUAGAAAUCUCGUUUUAGUUGAUGAAUUGGGGUCUACUGGAAACGUUAAGUUUUGUAAAAUUCAUGAUUUGUUGAGAGAUUUGUGUUUGAAAGAAGCUGAAAAGGAAAGAUUUUACCAUGUCAUAAGAGAUGAUCCUCCAACCAGUAUUAGCGAACGUCGAGUCGUUCUUAAAACUGCAGGGUUGUUAGGAUCUUUGUCACAUACUCGUUCCAUAAUAUGUCAGUAUGACAAAGCAGUACCUGAGGAUGGCAAAUUUCUACCGUCUCAGGAUCUUCGAUUGUUGAGGACAUUCAGAGCAUGUGAUUUUGAGAGGUAUUUCCUAGAAAAUGUGUUUGAAUUGGUGAACUCACGGUACCUUGCUAUCAGUGUUCAUCAUGAGUCCAGAUUCUCUAGUUCAAUUGAUCUCCUUUGGAAUCUGCAGACAUUGAUUAUUUAUUCAUCUUUUGCGAACAAUCUUCAUGCACCAAAUGAAAUAUGGAAAUUGCAUCAACUUCGGCAUCUUGAAUUUCCGGAAAAAUUGAUUCUCCCAAAUCCUCGUAGUGACGAUAGUGACAUUGUCAUUAUGGAGAAUCUGGAAACACUCAAAGGAGUUGAGGAUUUGUUAUUGAAUGAGGAGGUGGUUAAACGAAUUCCCAAUGUGAAGAAAUUGGAUUUAACAUACUAUUCGGAUCAAAAGGAGGGAGAAAACUGUCUAAGCUAUCUUCAAUGCUUCGGUAAAUUGGAAUGCUUACGCUGCAGCACCUCUUAUCAAAGUGGUGCCCUUUUGCUGAGGAUUAAUUUCCCUAAUUCUAUCAAGAAGUUGGUUGUUCAAGACCUAUUGUCCUAUUAUAUGACGGAGUUUGGCGCAAAGUUGGAAGACAUAUUGCCUAAAAUCGGUUCGUUGCCUCUUCUUGAGAAGCUCGUAUUAGAAAAUGGUGUCUUCAAAACAGGCAAGUGGGAAACAAUUGAAGGGCAGUUCCAGAAGCUCAAGUUUCUACAGUUGUCGUAUUGUGAAGGUCUAGUAAAUUGGAUUGUGUCAGACAGCUCCCACUUUCCACUUCUCCAGAAGCUUCGUCUCUAUAAUUUAUCCGAACUCGAGGAAAUCCCAUCUGAAGUUGGAGAAAUAGCAACGCUGAAAUCGAUUUCAUUGGAUGGUUGCAGUGAAGCAGCUGUGGCGUCAGCGAAAAAGAUAGUAGAAGAACAUGAGGAUCUAUAUGGAGAGCAAUUAGACCUUUGUGACUGGUAGAGUUAACAUUGGACUGCAAAAGUGGUAAUAAACAUGCAUUGUGUUUUUAUGUAAUUUGUUUUCAAUCUUAAAACUGCAGGGUUGUUAGGAUCUUUAUCACAUACUCGUUCCAUAAUAUGUGAUUGCAACAAUGCAUGUCUUAAAUUUCUACUCUCUCAGGAUCUUCGAUUGUUGAGGACAUUCAGACUAUGUGUUUCUGAUUUUUGUUCCCUAGAAAAUGUGAUUGAAUUGGUGAACUCACGGUACCUUGCUAUCAGUGUUCAUGAUGAGUCCAGAUUCUCUAGUUCAAUUGAUCUCCUUUGGAAUCUGCAGACAUUGAUUAUUUAUUCAUCUUCUCCGAACGAUCUACAUGUACCGCAUAGAAUUUGGAAACUGCAUCAACUUCGGCAUCUUGAAUUUCCGGAGAAAAAAUUGAUUCUCCCAAAUCCUCGUAGUGACGAUAGUGACAUUGUCAUUAUGGAGAAUCUGCAAACACUCAAAGGAGUUGAGGAUUUGUUAUUGAAUGAGGAGGUGGUUAAAAGGAUUCCCAAUGUGAAGAAAUUGCAUUUAACAUACCAUUCGGAUAAAAAGGAGGGAGAAAACUGUCUAAGCUAUCUUCAAUGCUUCAGUAAAUUGGAAAGCUUACGCUGCAGCAUCCUUCAUGAAAGUGGUGACUUUUUGCUGAGGAUUAAUUUCCCCAACUCUAUCAAGAAGUUGAUUAUUCAUGACUAUUAUAUCACGGAGUUUGGCGCAAAGUUGGAAGACAUAUUGCCUAAAAUCGGUUCGUUGCCUCUUCUUGAGAAGCUCGUAUUAGAAAAUGGUGUCUUCAAAAUAGGCAAGUGGGAAACAAUUGAAGGCCAGUUCCAGAAGCUCAAGUUUCUAGAAUUGUCGUAUUGUGAUGGUCUAGUAAAUUGGAUUGUGUCAGACAGCUCCCACUUUCCACUUCUCGAGAAGCUUAGUCUCUAUGAUUUAUCCGAACUCGAGGAAAUCCCAUCUGAAGUUGGAGAAAUAGCAACGCUGAAAUCGGUUUCGUUGUAUUGGUGCAGUGAAGCAGUUGUGGUGUCAGCGAGAAAGAUAGUAGAAGAACAUGAGGAUCUAUAUGGAGAGCAAUUAGACCUUCAUGUGGUAAUUUGGUAAACAUUGGAGUGCAAAAGAGAGUUGUUUGCUAGCUCUCAUUGUGGAGCUGAGUGAGGCCAGAGCCGAGGGACAGAGAACAGGGAGAAUGGCCGGAGAUUGGUGGCGCGGUGGAGGGAGUCGACGACGGCGGCUGCGGUGGGAGAUUCUUCCAUGGCUAUACACAAAUGUUUAUUUGUAUUUAACUUUUUGUUGUUUUAGUGAUGUUAUUGAUAUGAUUUUGAAUUUAUUUUAUAAACGAAACUUUGUUAGAGACUAUUU